UUAGAACGAAGAUUUGGAACCUGGUCUCAACGAUGGUGGGAAAGAAGAUUUUCCCGUCGUGAACAUUCAGUAUACUACUGCACAAGAAGGAACAGACGCCCAGCAGUUACGGUUGUAACUCUAAUGCUGGGAAUGGCUACAGUUGCUGUAUUAAUUGCCACUAUUAUUUAUAAUUCCACUCAUAUUAAGCACAGAAUGGAGUUGUUCCACCAGUACAUUUACAAUCCAAAUUCUAAGAAAGAUAGCACAACUCUCAAUCAUGAUUUGGAGACUGAAAUGAACCAUCAUAAUCUUGCUGAGUAUCAAAAUUCAAAUGAUACCAAAAGGGCUGUACUUCCUCCAUCUGCAAUUGCUAUUCCAAUAGAAACACAGAGUGCAGCAUGGGAGGCUUCAGAAAAUGAUACCCUCAGUGUAGCUGCUUAUGAUUUCAGAACUGAGUAUAAUGAUAGUAAAUCUACAUUUGUUCCUCUGAAGUUUGAGGACAAUUCUUCACAACUGCAUAAAGCUGUGGAAACAAAUGCUAAUCUUGAGCCAAUGAAAGAAAGCAGUUCUGGUUAUAAGUUAACAAAAGACCCAAAGAACCUUGAUAUCUUUAGUCUUUCAAAAGAGAAUCAUCUCAGUUCAUUAUCUGUCCCCAUCACUCAAAAUAUUUCCAAAUUCUAUAAACAGCUUGUUAGAGAACGGCGUCAAGCUCAUAGUGCUGAUGGUAAAAAGAAAUAUGUAGAUGUUAAGUGCCAGAAAUUCUUAAAGAAAAUUUCUGACAAAAUGCAUAACCUUGAAAGUAGAUUUGCAUCUCUAGAGAACAUUAUUUCAGAACUGAGAGAGCCAACAGAAAUGUCUGAAGAAAACGCUCUUGAAACAUCAAGUCUUCAAAUUGAAAGAUUGUCAGAAAUAAAGCCUUCAGAAAAUAACGUGUUCUCAGAAAACACGGACAUGGUAUCUGAGAAGCCAGGACAUGAAAACCUUGAAGAGGAAACUGACGGAUUCAAGUCUGAAAUACCCACAAUAGGAAUGAGUGUGGUUGAACAUACUAGUUCACCCAAUGUCACUGUUGAAAGCAUCACAUUCCCAGAGAAUUUUUCAGAAAGUCAACUUGGCAAUAUAUCCAUAUCUGUGCCAAACCUGACAAAAUCUGGCAUAUUUUCAAAAUCUAAUAUGUAUGCUGGAUUAUCAUCCAAACUCGCAGUGUCAGUUCCCACUGAUGGAAAUACUACACCCCACAAAGUGGAAGAAAUUGACAAUAAUUAUGGUCUUAUAACAUUAGUAACCGAUUCUGAAGUAGGUGUCCAUGUUGUUGACACUUACCAUACAGAAUCUACAGUAUAUAGAAAGAAAGGAAAUAUCAGCAUUGACCCUGUAACUGAAACUAAGACAUUUCCUUACAGUUUAAUAUAUGAUCAUGACAUAGAAAUUUCCAAUCAGUCUCAUUUUAUUUAUGAAACUUCACACAGAGGAUUGAAAGAGAAAGGUGAAGAUAAAAACACAGAUGUGAAUGAUAACAAAGUGAUAACACAAAAUAUCACUGCCAUCACCUCUGAACGCCAAGAUAUGGAAAACAUUUCACAGACAACUAAACAAGGGGAAACAGUAUACAUGUGGGAAGUGGAAAGGUCUGAGACAUCAAAUGAAAAUAUAAUGCACAACAGGGAUCAGGAAGUUAUUGAAAAGUCUGUUGGAGUUGAGGAUUUGCAGAAAGUAUCAGGAAGUGAAAUUCAAGUGAAAAAUGGAACAGGAAACAUUCAGACAGCAAACUUCAGCAUAAAUGCGCAAAGUCAGGCACAAGAUUUGCACGAAGACUUGAGCACUACAUUUACAGCGAUGUUUAAAAGUCGUCAGUAUCCAACUAGUAAGAUCCAGGAGGCCACUGCACCAACAGCAGAAAGAGGAAUGAAACCUGAAGAUAUUUUGGCAGAAAGUUAUCACAUGAAUACACACAAUAAAUCUAAAAAUACUAUAGAAUUGUCUGUAAGAGCAAGACUGGAGAAUGAACUACAGCAAGAGUUCAAAGAUGACUUCAUGUCAAGCAGUACUGGACUAAACAAUAUUGAAGGACUUAGUGUGAAAAAUGACUUUGUUACAUCGACAUCACAAAUGGAAAGCAAGAAUUCUUUGGCAAUAAAUAGUAAACACAAGAAGAGCAAAACCUCUUCAGAAACAGCUACAGGCCCAAAAGCGCUAUAUGAAAAUGAAGUUUUGGUGACAUCCAGUAAUGAAAUAUAUAGUCACAACACAAGUUCUACUGAAGCAACUGCAGAAAGCACAGCACAUGAACAAAGAAGAACUGGAGAUUUUGUAACAGAUACUCGUAGUUUCAGAACGAUUAAUAAUGGAACAUCACUUGAAACAGAUACACAGACGAAACUGCAAGAACAUAACAUGAAUAAAGAUUAUGAAGCAAGUAGCAUGGAGAUAAAUGAUUACAGUGAAUAUAAAAUCAGUGAGAACCCUCUUAUUUCAAUUACAGAAGAAACACCACAAAAGCAGAAUGAAAAUAAUAUUCUUUCAACCACUAUUAAUAUUAAUAACUACAGUGAACAUGAAGGAGACACAAUCCAUCAUGGAAAAACUAUAUGGAACAAAUUACAAGAAGAGGAUGAAAAUAAUGACUUUCUUCUCACAUAUGUCGAUAUAGUUACUCAGAGUGCAUACAAAGAUAUUGAAACCACUUCUCGUGUAAAUACAAAUGAAGACCUGCAAGAUCAAAGUAUGAGUGAAGGUACUCUGAAACUCAAUGUCCACACAAAUUAUCAGCGCAUGUAUGAAGAUACCAUGACAUCUCUUCAGACAACAAAGCUAGAAUCAUAUGAGCUAAAUACAAACAAAGACUUCAUGAGAGCCAAGAUAGGAGUAAACAAUCACAGUGAACAUGGUGUUACUGAAAGCUCUUUUGAUGCAAAGACAUUGAUAAGUUUAUAUGAACAUAAUAUAAAUGUAACUGUGACAGCAAGCACUAAAAAUCAAAAUGAAUAUGAAGGUGUUGAAAGCACUGCAGAAAAUGAAUUAGUAAUUGAAGACAAAAAUGCAACUUCUUUAAUGGAUGAUAUUAACUACAGUAACUAUGAUAAUGCUGAAAGGGCUUUUGAUAUAAAUACAGAAGCAGGUCAUCAUGAACUGGAGAGUGUUGAGGAUGUUGUACCGAUCCAUUCUGAGGUCAACACCCAUAGAGAACGUGAAGACAAAGUUAGUACUUCUCUAAAGCAAACACAGUCACAGGAAGAUAAUAGUAAGAGAGAGAUUGAUGUUGCUGAACAGUGGAGGUAUGAGAAUUCUAGUGACACCUCUAGACAAGAGAAUUCUUCUUAUGGAGAAGCUGCAAGCCAAGAUUCUGUAAGUACAGUUAACUCUGUUAAUGAUAGUAUUCAAAACAGUCUCUCAUCGAAAGAUACUAUGUUUGAAACUACAACAGAGUCUCUUAUUUUGAAAACAUUUGGAGAUAUACUAGAGAAGAAUUUUACAAAUUUACAUACAUCGUUCACAAUAAAAUCACUCUCUCAGAAUGGUAAUGAAUCUCUGCCAGUGUCACUUAAAAGGUCUGAUCAUAUUUCAGUUGCAUAUAAAGGACAUGCUAAGUCUGUAACUGUGGAUAAAAAAGUCAACAAUGUUUCUAAUGAAGGUACCACAAAUAAUGAGAAUAUUCCAAGUCUGACAGGAGAGGGAGACAAAAACGAAAAUUUUCCUGAGAUUUAUAUACAUAGUAAUUUUAACGAAACAGAAUCUGAUUUGAAAAAAGAGGCGUUUAUGGACCUAGUGACAAAUGUUCAAAGGCUUGAUAUUAGUAGUAAUAAACUGUUGAAACCUGUCAGUCAUAUAUAUACCAGAGAAUCUAUGAAUAAUCUACCCACCAGAGAAGAAAUGGAUAAUUUUACAGUGAAUUCAAGUUCAUAUUCAGGACCUGUCAAUCCCCUGCAGACCUCAUACACACUGCACAAUGUUGGUUCCAACAUAAACACUGUUGCAGGAAAUCCAUUUUAUUUACCUUUACAUUUCUCAUCAUCUACAUUCUAUCCAUUUCUCAGCUUGAAUAAUGGCUUAGCUGCACACACACAGUUUGGAAAUAGAGCCAUUGAUGAGAGGAUUAAUGCUCGAAAACAAGAUAUACAUGCCUCCAUUGUUCUCAUACCAACAUACUGGAUUCCAUAUCCAGCAUGUAUUCAUAGAAUACGUGUUGGUUUUAACGUUUUGACUGCUGAACCUGUUUCCCCAUCUGAAGGUAAAAAAACUGAAGUAUAUAACAGUCAUAAUUGGGUUGGUUCUAAUGGGUUUCCAAUAUGGCAAGCGCUCACUGAAGUGCAGCAACGACACCAACAACAGAAACAACAAGCACCACCACAAAAACAACCACAACAGCAGCAACAGGAGUGGGAGCAGGAACAUUACCAACAACAGUGGCAGCAUAACAUGGAUUCUCUGUGGUACUAUCCUGCAAGCCCUGGAGACAAUUUUUUCUAUCCAGGAGUGCUGACAACUCAUUACACACAAUCAGAGGGUAGGGGGAUGUUACCCCAACAGUAUCUCUAUUGUGCACCAAUUAUUUCCCCUAUUUUGAUACAGACUCCACCUGGAUUCAUAUUGCCUACUUAUGGUUUCCAGCAAGAUGAGCAAGAUAAAACUGUUGAGGCACUGGAUGUCAGUUCUCAGGCAUCUCGUAGCCAAGAUAGGCAAGAUUUCCAAAAUGAACAGAUCAGUGCUGAAGAAUUACUGGGUUUCCAGCCAAAGGGAGCAGGUAAACACACUGGAGAAUGCUCAUCUGGGAAAGUGGCAUGCCGUGAUGGCUCAGCAUGCGUGAAACAGGUACAUUGGUGUGAUGGGAUUGUUCAUUGUAAUGAUACAAGUGAUGAGAGUCACUGUACUUGUCAAGACAGAUUGGAUAAGGACCGGUUAUGUGAUGGAUAUUUUGACUGUCCGCAAAGUGAAGAUGAACUUGGCUGCUUUGGUUGUAAUGUGUCAUCAUUCAGCUGCCAAGAUUGGGAUCGGCAUAAUCGGAAAGCUACAUGUUUACCUCUGGAGCAGCGCUGUGAUGGAAUGAGAAAUUGUCCCAAUGGUAGAGAUGAAAUGGACUGUUUGCUGUUAGAAGACAGGCUGUCAAAUCAUCAUAUGUUUCCUGUAUCAUAUACUAGCGGAUUCUUGCAUCGUAACUGGCAUGGAAAGUGGUAUCCAAUAUGUAGCAGAAUUAAGGAAUGGGCAGUUGCAAUAUGUCAGUCUGAAAUCGGACCAUUAAGCAGUGAUCCAGUAAUUAAGCAGAAACGACAAACUUCUGAUUAUUUGGGUCCAUUCUUAAUCGUGGAUAGAGAUGGUGAAUUCAGAUUGGUUGACAGUUGUGCUGGACACCAAGUAGUGCAUGUAACUUGCCCUAGUAUGCUGUGUGGUACACGCAUUCUUCAACUUGAAACCCAAGAAAGCACAAUUGAGGAGAGGGAAUCAUAUCUUACAAGAUUCAAAAGACACAAUUACGGUACUCUCUUCAAUAAUGUACACUUCUUUCAAAAUUCUUUAUAUUCCACAUUGCCAUCAAACACUUUCCAGGUGAAAAAUGUUACAUCCAAGGCAAACGUAUCUGAAGAUGUUGAAUCAGUACAGCACAUGUCAUAUGAGAAUAAAUAUGAUGGUAGUGAAUUACUGAAGCUUGACUUGAAAAUACCAGCAAGCAAUGAAGCUACUACAAGAAAUUCUGUGAAUUUGGAGAAAUUAUCAGAAAGACAUGUCAGAUCUACUAAUGAAGGAAUACACCAGACUAUGGCUUUUAAAGACUUUGGGUCAUAUGAAAGAGAAAGGGACAGUGCAAGGAAUAUGAACAUACUAUCUGAUGUUGUGUCAUUUGGAGAAGACACCCUUAAUAAAAAACGCCCAAUUAGAGAAGAAGGAGGUCGUGUUGUGGGAGGUCAGGCAAGCCAGCCUGCGGCAUGGCCAUGGGUUGUGGCCCUAUACAGAGAUGGAGAUUUCCAUUGUGGUGGAGUUUUGCUUGAUGAAACUUGGGUUAUGACAGCUGCUCAUUGUGUUGAUGGCUUCAGAAAUCAUUAUUUUGAGGUGCAGGCAGGGAUGCUGAGGCGCUUUUCAUUCUCACCGGCAGAGCAAACACAAGCUGUUUUGCAUAUUGUGUUACAUGACCAAUAUGAUCGCUCUGAUAUGAGAAAUGACUUGGCAUUAAUGAAACUGAAGCAUCCCCUUCGAUUUAACCGUUGGGUGCGUCCUGUGUGUCUACCACCGACAGGUUGGGGUCCACAUGCUGGUACAAUUUGCACUGCUGUUGGCUGGGGUGCCACAGUUGAACAUGGCCCUGAUCCUGAUCAUAUGCAAGAAGUGGAGGUGCCCAUCCUGCCAAGUUGUAAACACAGAGAGGACAAUGAAGGAUUAGAGCUGUGUGCAGGCAUAGCAGAAGGUGGGAAAGAUGCAUGCCAAGGGGACAGUGGUGGACCUCUUCUUUGUAGGUAUGAAAAGGAGCCGAUGCAAUGGUAUGUCGCUGGUGUUGUCAGUCAUGGCGAGGGAUGUGCUCGUCCAAAUGAGCCUGGAGCAUAUACCAGAGUUGCAUUGUUCCUGAACUGGAUUACUGAGAAAACGAGUACAGGUGGAAGUCAUUUUUCAGUGAAAUCUCCUCACAGCUCUUGUCCUGGACUACAAUGCUCAGUGGGUAACACACGUUGCUUAUCCAUAAGAAAGAAAUGUGAUAAAGUGGUUGAUUGUCUUGAUGCAGAAGAUGAACUAAAUUGUAAGCCAUCAAUGACUGACCAUGGCAUAAAACAUUUGCUUUCUGGAAAAGAGCUUGAAGAGGAAAUCAUGACCAAAAGAGAAAGCAGUCUACCAAUGGAAAGAAGAGGUCAAGUUAAUGAUGUACAAUCUGCUGGGACUGAUGAAGAAACCGUAGAUAGUAAAAUAAAUGAAGAGAAGUCAAAGCUAUCAGAUAUAAUAGAAAAUUCAUCUUCUUCAUUGAAACAUUUAGAAAUAAUGGAAAGUAAAUUUAACUUACCAAACAUGAUAGAACACACCUCAAGAACAUUGUUACAUAAAGAAGAUACAAAUGAUUUAUUAACAGAUAAAGAUGGUUCAGAAAGCGGUUUUCUAAAUGUCAGAAUCUCAGAUCAUACUAAUGUAAAUGAUUAUAAUAAUAAAGAAGAUUUCAAUGCUUAUUCUCUUGGAAAUGGGCAAUUAGUGCACACUGUAGCAGAUGUAUUAUCCACAUAUAAUACACAGAAAUUAUCCGCAUCAUCUGUUGAAAGAAAAGCCAAAAAUACAUCUAAUGAUCUAGUCCAAACUGAUGAAAUUUCUGAUAUAUUUAUGCAAAAUGAUGCAAAGCCUGCUGAACUGAUACAAAGUUACAGCAUGUCUCAGGCUGAAAAACAAGGCAACACAGUGCCUCAUGGUGAAACUCAAGGCAGUACAUCUUAUGGUGAAGUAAAAGGCAUUUCAGUAUUUACUAUUGAAACACAAAGAAAUGCAAUGUUUCGUAGUGGAAUACAAUUUAAUACAAUGCCCCUUGGUGAAAUACAAGUUAAUACAACACCCCUUGGUGAAAUACAAGGCAGUACAGUGUCUUAUACUGUAACACAAGACAACACAAUAUUUUAUGGUGAAACAGAACGGAAUACAACAGAUUUUAGUGAAGCACAAGGUAGCUCAAUAUCUUUUGGUGAAAUACAAAGCAGUACAAUUUAUAGUGAAACACUAAAUAACACAAUAUCAAAAAGUGAAACAGAAAGCCAUAAAAUUUAUAGUGAAACACUAAGCAACACAAUACCUCUCAGUGAAACACAGGACAACAUAUCAUCAGAAAAUACAACAGAGAGGAACCCAGUGUCUGAUAUUACAACACAAAAUAGCAUUUUGCCUGAUAAAGUAACCAAAAGAGAAACCAACUCAGGUAAAAUAAGAAGAAGAGAGAGUCGGUUUUUUGUAGCACAAAUGAGCAGUAUUUAUAAUGCAAGAGGUAUGGAGCCAAUAUUUAAUAUUAUGACACCAAAGGAUGAAAUCACUGAAUCCAAAUCAUUGUCUACAACAAAUUCUCAACCAGCCAUAAAGACAAACUCUCUCCUGUUCUCAAAUAUAUCUCCUGUAACAAAGAAACAAGAUGCACUGGAAGUAGAAUUUUCAUCAGCAGAUUCAGGUCUUGAUGUGUAUAGCACCUCAACUGAAAAUUUUAUAGCUCCAUCAUCAAUGUCAGUAAAUUAUAAUGUUAGUGAUUUAUCUCCAGUUAAAAGUUUGGUGUUAACAGACCAGAAUAAACAGUCUUUAAAGUUUAUAACACACAAAAAUAAAGACGAAGAAGAGACUGGAAUUUCAGAACCAAAAACUAGUAUUGAAGUUGAUAGUAUAUUUUCUGCAAAUAUUACCUCAUCCAUACCACUUCAUGGAAAUGAUGAUUCUGAGUCAAUUUCUUCAUUUACUGGAUGGUCUGAAUCGCUGUCAGCACGUGGUUCACCACAUCCAUCAUCUGACUCAACAUAUUCACCUCCCACUAAUGGAGCAAAUGAUACUUCCAGUUUAACCUUUAAUUGCAAAGUGCUUCCCCAGAAGAUAUUGUUUAUAAGGGUAUGUGAUGGUGUGGUGGACUGUGAGGAUGUGUCUGAUGAAACAGAAUGCACAUGUCUGGACCAGUUGCAUAGUGUCCGUCCACAAUUUGUAUGCGAUGAUUUUCUGGACUGUGCAGAUGGUACAGAUGAACAAAACUGUCAUAACUGUACUGAAGAUGAAUUCUAUUGCUACAAGAGUGGAAAGUGUCUUCCAUCUGCCUACAAAUGUAACCAUCAGUUAGACUGUCCACAUAAUGAAGAUGAAAGUGACUGUUUUGCACUAACAAAUGGGUUUAGUGUCCAAAUCGGUGCAGAUGGACUUUCACAUAUCAGACAAAAAGGCAUUUUUACCGUUAGUCUUAAUGAACAAUGGAGACCAAUGUGUGUAACAGAAACAAUGGAUCAGAAGGUGCUUGCAUCAAACAUAUGCUUUUAUCUUGGUUACAGUAGUUUCAGUGAAUUCAGUGAAAUCACAGUGAAGAGUGGUGCUAUGGAAGAAAUAAUACAACAACCAACAUAUAAUGUCUCUGCUGGUAAUGUAGAUAUUUCCACUGACAUAACCAACCCUAAUGUUAUUAAGGAGCCACAGCAAUUUUGUACUGGCUUAGAAGUGGAAUGCUGGCCUCGUUUACUGCAUGUCGCAUCUGCUUUCCAGCUACAUACACGGUCAAAUGUAGGAGAGGAAUAUGAUUGGCCAUGGCAUGCAGCAGUCUAUGUACUAGGAAAAUAUACGUGUGGAGCCACUCUCCUUAACACCCACUGGUUGCUGACUGAUGCAGUAAUCAUGGGCAACAUUUUGUUAAAUGAAUCUUAUGUGGCAGUGCUUUUAGGUGUACCUAGAAUUGAUUUGAAAACCGAGAGUCCAUAUGAGCUGGUACGAAGAGUGGACUACAUGAGGAGAGUACCAUACACUGAUGCCCUCCUCUUGCAUAUUGAUAUAGGAGUUGAUGCUGAAGUGGACAUCUCUCGUCAUAUUCACCCAAUUACUUUGGCCCACUUCUACAAAGAUCCAACAGAAGGAGAGACAUGUAUUGCAGUUGGCAGAGAUUCUUCGGGAGAUACCAAAACUAUAUUCUUGCAGCCAGUAUUGUCAGGCUGUGACCCAACUCAACGUUGUUUCAAACGAAAGUACAAAGCAAGGUCAACCUGCCAGGACAAUGAGAACAGCCCAUGGAGUGGUGUUGUUAAGUGCCGUGCAGAUGUUGGCUGGUAUCCAGCUGCUGUGUUUUAUGAACCUGAUGGCAUCUGUGGGUUCCAAGGAACCACAAACAUCACUGCCAUUACUAGGAACCUAGAAAAACUGCAUAAUAUUAUGGGGGAGAGAGUGGAUCCUGCUGCGGUACCAGUAUGCAGUGGACUUUGGUGUCCAUUAGGGCAAUGCCUUCCACCCGAGAAAGUGUGUGAUGGUUAUCAAGACUGCCGUUAUGGUCUUGAUGAGAGUACAACCUACUGUACUCAAUGCCAACAGAAUAAAUGUGCACAGUGCAAACUGGACCAGCUGCGCUGUAAUAAUGGUGAAUGUGUUGACAAAUCUUCAUUCUGUGAUGGCCACAAAAAUUGCUCCGAUGGAAGUGAUGAACCUGAGCUUUGCAACUGUGAAAGCUAUCUUAAACUGGUAGCACCUGAACGUGUGUGCGAUGGCCACAGAAACUGCAAAGACAAGUCAGAUGAGAACCCAGACAUCUGCCAGUGCAAGGAAAUUGACUUCAAGUGUGAAAGCUCAGGAAAAUGUGUAAUUCAGGACUUUGUUUGUGAUGGUGAACUUGACUGUCCUGAUGGGGAAGAUGAGAAACAUUGUUUGUCUCUCCUUCUGGAUGCUCACUCAAACAACACUGGCAAAGUUAUGCACAACACAUAUGGUAUCUGGAAAGUAUAUUGUUCACCACAACUGUCAGCAGAACAUCUUAAUCGACUUUGUCAAGCAGUAGGUUUUGAGUUUGCUGACAGGACAGAUAAACAGACUGAUGGAAAUACAGAAGUGACAGAGCUUGAUUCAUUCUCAUCUGUCCAACUGAAUUCAAAUACUUCAGUUAUAUUACGAGGAAGCAGGCCAUUUGUGCAGAUCACCAAACACCAGCACCCUUGUAUUCAGCUGCAGCUUCAUUGUUCCUAAUACUCUAUACGUUAAACAAGAAUGUGCUGUUCUCAAUAUCAACAAAUUUGUAAAAUACUGCCUAAGAAGUUUUCAGAAGAGGUAAAUUUCUUUGAGAUUUUUGUAGAUUAUAUAAUAAAUUAGGAUUACUAAUUAUAAAUCUGGAAUAUGAGAAGAAUACAGGAAUUAGGAAUGCACUGUUGUUUCAUGAUACAACCACUACUUUAGUGAGUUCAUGAAAAGUUGUCGUUUCAAAGAGUUGAAGUUUUAUACUCCACAAGUGCCAUUAUUCUUAACAGAUUGUAAGAUCUUAAAUGCCACAUGUACCUGUUAAGGAGCACCUAGACUGUUGUACUUGUAAAUUUUUUGUUGUCUGCUUAAUUUUAUUAAUUAUGCCAGAACUUUGUUUCAUAAAAGUGACUGUAAUCUGUGCAACAUGACUGAUGAAGUAAGCAUGCUAUGAUGAAUAUAUAUAGCUUUAUUAGUCAAAUGGUAUUAGCAGAAUGCAUUCAUGAUCCCUCAUUAAUGAUCUCCACAUGCCUUGUAGAAUUAGGUGAUUAGUGAAUUGUCUCUUUUGCAUGAAUAAUCAUUAAUAUGUACAUUCCUAAGUACAUUCAACAAUUUAUAUAAAGCACUUUAUGAUGAAAGUUAAGAAACUUCCUGCAAAAAUCUGCAGAAUGUUACACUGUUCUUUAAAUCAGUAUUCAAAACUUGCUGAAAGCAAGAUAUUUCUCUAUCAUAUCUCUGUGAGAUUGACCUUGAAAUUAGUGCAAACAAGUAAAAUCUUUAAUAAGAUUUAAUCACAUCUGUGGCUCUUAGUUUGCUACAAUGUUCUCUUUAAGAUGCCAGUUGAUGGGAGAAAUAACUUCCCAAGUUCUUGGGUCUAAUGCUUGAGCAGUCAUUUGAAAAUGUGAUUUUUAUUUUACUUUAGGUCACUGAAAUAUUGUUGAAGUGGACCAGUACACAUGGAAAUAUGACGUAGAAUUUAUUGUUUCUAUAUAAUUUGGAAAUUUUGUACUGUCCAUUUCUUACAGCUGUGAAGCUUACUCUUUUGCCUCUUAAUGUAUAAUAUUGGAAUAAAUGACUUCAUGUAUACGAUCAUAAAAAUAGAUAAAUAAUUUUUUACUUUUGAGUUUUAUGCAGUAACAGAAAUCUACUAAUUUUACUCGUACAAUGAUCAGUAAUGUAAUUCCUCAGAUUGAAAUUUAUUUUGACAUACACAUGGCACUCGUGCCUUUAUAGGCUAUUUUAGGAUAAUGUCCUGAAUUAUAACUUAGUUUACAUUCUCAUA